UCCUCUGCACUGUUGGGUGCACCCGCGAGUGCGAUCAUAACCAGGUCUAUGUUCGAUACGUUAUUCCGUGGCCGGACGUAAUGACCGCCGAGCCCGCGAAGUUGCCUCCAUAGCCGAGUUACGAGUGUCGUGCGGCCGAAAGUGCUGGAGCGGAACGCACAUGAGUUCUUCCGUAGCGGAAGCCGGCUGUGAGCAGACGAUGCGCUUGAAUAGGUUUGUGCUACGAAAAGAUACGGAUCAGACCUCGAUGCUUGGCACGGGUCGGCAAUCGCAGCUUGGCGAUCAACGCAUUGGGAUGCAGCUUCAAAAUGCCGAUCGGAAUCGGGCCAAUUGCACUGGCCAAGUUGGCACACUGCGAUGGCGAGAAGGCCUUGGCCCGGGCCGGCAAGAUCUAUGGGGGUACCCUUUGUUCUCAGUGCGUUAUCUAGUGUAUCGUUGGAAGACGUUGCAGAAGCCAUUCCAAGGUGUCCAAAAUGGUUUCAGUUGUUUAUUUUUAAGGAUCGAGAAAUGACAGAAAAUCUAAUUCGAAGGGCGGAACGUGCUCGGUACAAAGCCAUUGUAGUGACAGUUGAUACGCCUGUGAUUGGAUUGCGGAGGUCGGAGAUGAAGAAUCCAACAAGUUUGCCCUCGAAAGUUACAUAUGCAAACUUUUUGUCCUCCUCAUAAUAAUGUGUGCUCAAAAAUAUAUCGGAAUAUGUGAGAAAUCAGUAUGAUCCAACAGUGGGGUGGGAUUCACUGCGGAUGGCUGUUAAGUAUUACGAGUUUGCCGGUGAUUUUGAAGGGUGUUCUAACGAAGAGAGGAUGCUCUGAUGGCGGCGGAUUAGGUGUGCAAGGGAUUAUUGUCUCCAAUCAUGGAGGACGACAACUGGAUUCUGCCCCAAGCUACGAUCGAAGUCCUCCCGGAAAUUGUCGAAGCUGUUGGAGAUCGUGUUAUGGUGAUGGCCACGAUGGCGGUAUUACACAGGGCACCGACAAUUUUCAAGCCAUUGCAUUAGGUGCAAAAAUGGUAUUCGUAGGACGAGCAGCCUUAUGGGCCUAGCGGUAAACGGUCAGAACGGAGUCGAAGAUGUACUGGAUUUACUUCGAGUCGAACUGGACUCAGCGAUGGCAAUUGCUGGCUGCAAGACGAUGAAGCAGAUUACAGAGAAUCGUGUGCGAUACGAAUCGGAGUAUUUGAUGCCACGAGUGCGGGUCCUAGAGCGGCUGGAUGCUAACAUCGAAGAAGACGACGCUGUGGUUGAGCACGUGGUGGUGGUAGAUGACCCCAGAGACGACGAAGAGCGAAUAUCGCCGGACCAAGUAGUGGAAGUUCUGGUACCAACUGGCGAAGAUGGUUUGGCCAAGUUCCCCAAGGGAAGCGAUGGUGUGGACGAAUGUGGGAAGACCGUCAGUCCGUGGUGCAAAACGGUCAAUAGUGAUGUUGUUGAAGUGGUACGAGCACCACCCAGAAUUACGAGGGAGGUACGAAUAGUGCCCGAAGUUGCGAAAGUGCUCAACAGAAAUAUUAAAGCAGAUAUUGCUCGGAGGGAUUAUCUUAAAAAUCGCUGUUCCAAUAGAAAAAGCAGCAUCUAUGCACAAUUUGCGCAGUAUUGUAAAAUCAACUGAAGAUUGUCGAUGUAUUAUGUAGGAUCUAGAAUAUAUUGUAUAUACAUUUACCUUCGAGUAUUCAAUGAAAUA